AUGAAAAAAGAUGGAAUUAAAGAAGAAAUAAAAUUUACAGAAUAUAAUAAUUAUAAAAAAAAUAGUGUUGAAAACGAUUUUUCAGUGAAAACGAAUAAGAAUGAGUUAGAAGAAGAAAAUAUAAAAACAAAAAUGAAUUCAAAUAACGAAUUUGAUGAAAACAUAUUAUAUGACUUUGUCAUAGAUUAUUAUGAAUGGAAUAGUAUACCAAAUAUAACCAAUUUACCAUAUGGAUUAAUUAACAAAGACAAUAAUGAUAUUUUAAAAAAGUACCAGAAAACAUUGGAAAUAGUUUUAGAUGAUAACAAGAACAGUACUGAUAUUCAAAAAGAAAUUAAUAUUAUUAAAGAUGAAAAUAGUGAUUUUUUUUGUGUUCAUAAUUUUUCAGAUAUAAUUAUGAACAGUACAUGCGAAAAAGCUAGUACUAAUUUGGUUGUUAAUAAUAAUAAUUAUGAAUGGGGAAAUGAAAAUGCGGUAAUACGAGAUAUAUCCAUUGAUAUAUUUAAAGAUAUAGUAGUAUACCUUUUAAAAAUGAAAGAAAAAGUAACAAAACUGAAAAAGAUAAAUAUAGAUAAAGAUAGCGUAGACAAAGUUCAAAAUAAUUCGAUAUCGGUGCAAAUUAAUCAAAAAAUAAAUGUCGAAAAAAAUGAAGAAGAAAUGCAUUGGACAAAAGAUUUUACAUGUUUAGCAAAUAUACAAAUACUAGGGAAAAAUAGUGAUAUAUUUAAAGAAUGGUGUAAUUUAAAAUUUGUUAUUCCAUAUAUAAUAAAUUAUUGUUAUAGCCCACGAUCUUGUAUAAGCAAAAAUGGCUUCUUAACAAUUAAACAUUUAUGUAUAAGUGUAAAAAGGAAUGAACUAAUUUUGAGUAAAUUUUUUUCUUUAAUUUUCCCAUAUAUAAUAAAAAAAUUAGAUAUAAAAAAUCAUUUUUUAAAUACAUGUGCUACUAAUGCUAUCUCGGAGUUUGUGAUAAAUAAUACGAUUAUUAAUAAUUUUGAAAUUUUAAGAUUAAUUUGUACUGAAUCAAAUAAUAUUAAUUCAUCUAUAUCUAUGAAAAUGGGAUAUUUAGUUUAUCAGUUUUUAAAUAAUUUGUCAAUUGAUAAUUUAAAAAAAGUUAACUUAUCUGAUUUUUCUGAACCGUUCAUAAAUUUUAUGAAUGCAAAGUUACCACAAACAAAAGAAUAUAUAAAAAAAACCUUUUUACUAUUUUUAAAUAUACAAUCAGAAGAUCAGAUUAUUUCUCAAAUUUUGACAGGUAUUAAAGGGAAACAAAAUUUAUCAAUUAUAGAAAAGCAAAUCAGAAAUUUAUUAAGAAAUAGUAACACCUUUGACCAAUUGAAAAAAAGAUAUGCCACUUUUCACAAUUUUAAAAAUAGUAAAAAAAUUCGAUCUUUCAAUAAGACAACAUCAUUUAUUUUGUAA